AUGACAGUUUUACUACCCUUGCGCAUUUGCACUGCUUGUGAUAAGGUGCACUGGAACAGCCUCUUCUGGAAUGAGCCCUACACACAAAGUCGAGCUGAAUUGAUGUGGUGCGUUCCCUUCGCACCUCGGGCUGCUUUUGCCACUGUCGAGAGGCAUCCUGCCGCUGGUGCCUGUAAACCAAUCCAGCUUUCCCUCACUCUACUCUCCUCCAGCCUCCGGUCAGCCACAAUGCUCAUCUUCAUUGAAACUGUUUGUGGUGGUCAGUUAGUGAACAUUCUUCCUCAAUUCUCCAUGUCACUGCAUUGGCGUAGUGAUGACGAGGACUCAUUUCGAGUCGACCUCGCUUAG